AUGUUUUAUCCUGUUGAUUCAUUAAAACGAGGUGGCAGGUUCUAUUUGUGCUGGGUCGCAGAUUCUUGGCCUUUGCGAUUUGCGACUAUUACUCAACGACAACUUUGGUCUCAAGAUAUUCGGAAAAUAUGUGACGAUUUACUUGAAGUAAUGACGAAUGAGUCGGGUCGUCCAACCAGAAGAUUUUCUCUUCGUUUAAGUUCCCAACUACUUCGAGGAUUAGUAAGAUUAUACCAAAGAAAAGUCACUAUAUUUCUAGGUGACCUAUGCAUGAUCAAUGCAAAUGUGAUAAAACAUUCAAACAAAAAAUGGAAUAUCCAUGAGGUGGAAAUAGUAGAAGAAGUGAGGCGGCCACAGCUGCAGCAGCUUGACAUUCAAGAGAUAAUUCAAGAACCACCUGAAAAUGAACAGAGGAUUGAGGAAAUGAUACAGAGAAGUGGCAAUGUUGUCUCAAAUAUUGCAGAUAUCACAUUGAAAGAAGCUGCAAUUGGUGAAAUCAUACCACCAAAUGACGGUUUCGGCGAAGAACGUCUGGAUCCCCUUCAAUUGCUUCAAGACCGCACUAUCGAAAUGAUGCUGGUGCAGCCAGAUAUAUCGACGGCGCAUAGCGGCUUGGACAUAGCACUGGACGUGACUGACAAGUCACAUGACAAAUCGCGACUAUUGCUCGAACCGGCGCACGCGCAGAUGGAAAGAAUCUCCGAACAUGAUCUCACGAUGUUCAGAAAAUGUAUUUAUCAUUAUAUUUUGUUAAUUCUUUAUUGUUUAUUACUUACCUAA